AUGACAUUGGCAGAGGACGCAUAUCGCCCUGGUGAGUUGGUCAACCCAUUUGUACAAUCCCAGUUAGUGGACAUCUUUAUGGACGGUUUAGUCGAAGAUCAUGUCGCUAAGAAAUUAAUUCGCAACAAGCCCAAUACCUUCGACGAGGCUAUGCGCAUUGCCGCUUUUGAGCAACAAGUUACAAGAACUUUUGAAAUACACAGAUCAGGGGACGAAACCCCUAUGGAAGUGGAUUCAGUCACCCAGGCUACUGAUCCUAUGCGACACUUAUCUAACAAGUUGGAUGAAAUAUUAAUGUUAACCAAAUCUUCAACUUCUGACCAUUCGUCCAAUCAGGCACGCCCUCGUUCUUCAAAUUUUGAGUAUUCAACCAAUCAGUAUAAUCCACAUCAGCAUAACUCACAAGACAAUCGCCAUUUCCAGCCCAAGGGACAUUCUCGUCAUUUUUCGACUCAAGGUUCCAGCCAAUCAUAUUCAUCCUCAAGGCCUUUAGAUCGGCCCAGAUAUCAGUACACACCAGAUGGCAGACCGAUUUGUUUUUCUUGUAACACCCCAGGUCACACUAGACGUCAUUGUCGCCGGACGUUCGGUAUCAUCUUAGAUUUUAAUUCGCAUACAUUACGAUUUGGAUCUGAAAUUAUUCCAUUGUAUUCAAAGACACCUCAUGGUCCUUUUACCAAAGUUCAAUUCACACAUGCUCGUACCUCUAAUCAUAUUUCUCCGUGUUCAGUUAACGUGGUGGAGAUUAAAAUUCCUCCUCACGUGAAAAACAAAUGUGUUCUCAUUUCACCUUUAGAUAAUUGUAAAUUUUUUCAUGACCAACCAGGACUACUUAUGACAAGUAGUAUUCAUCAGCCUACAUCAACUAGUAUUUAUGUUAACGUUAUUAAUGAAACAGGUUCUUCAUUUCGGAUUAAACAUAGAGAGGUGUUAGCAGUGGCUGAAGUUAUAUCGCCCGAAGCAACACAUACCGAUCAAACUUUUCAAUUGUGUUCUGUUCAACACACACCCGCAAACAAUGCAUUUUCUUCAGUGUUUGAUUUCAAAUCAUUGGACCAUAGAGAACCCGGUCAGCGGUAUCGACUUAUUGCAUUGUUGAAACAACAUGGCAAUAUCUUCGCAGUUGAUGAUCUGUCCUUAGGCAAAACAGAUGUUGUUAAAGCCACCUUAGAUACAGGCGCUAAUCCUCCAGUUCGCUUAAAGCCUUAUAAGCCUGUCUCAAAAAAGUUUGGUAGAUUCUCAAAUUAA